CGUCAUGCUGUGUCCACCUUCCACUUCCACUUUAACUCCAUAGACAAGAUGAUUUUCUCACUCACUGCUCUCUACACAAGAAAUGCAUCCUCUCUCUCUCUCUUUUCUCCCUCUAUCCCAGACUCCCUCGACUCUCCGACCAUAGAUGGCCGCACUGCUGGUUUGCUGGGCUUUUCUGCCCUUGCUGGCAACGGCCUUCUCAUGGCACGGCCUCUGGUAUGAAUUGGGCUUGUUCGGUCCGCAUCCUAGCCUGAGUUACGAGUCGUUUGACGUGAAAUCGCCCGAGGUUCAUGUGAAACAAUGGAAUCCGAAAUGUGAAGAAGGCUAUGUCUUUCUCAGCCCGCAAGGUCACGGCUAUCCCGAACCAGGGCCCUUGGUCUACGACCACAAGGGGCAGUUGGUCUGGAUGGAGCGCGCAUUCGGGGAGGUCAUGGAUCUCAAGGUGCAGCAGUACCAGGGUCAAGACUAUCUCACCUUCUGGGCCGGCGAGUUCGACGGCACGCGAGGCAUGGGACAGUAUUACAUGCUCAAUUCCUCCUACGAGGUCGUCCACAUCGUCGCCGCCGCCAACGGCCAUCAAGGCGAUGUGCAUGAGUUCCGAGUCACCGACCAAGGGACGGCACUCCUCACCAUCUACGACAUCCGCCAGGCAGAUCUGAGCGCGCUCGACGGGCCCAAAGACGGCUGGAUUUACGACAGUCUGUUCCAGGAGAUCGAUAUUGAGACAGGCGAGCUACUCUUCGAGUGGCGCGCGAGCGACCACUAUGCUAUCGACGAAUCUCGCCUCCCACUUGCCAACAAGGGCUCCUCGCCCUCUCCACAGGAUGCCUACGAUUACUUCCAUAUCGACAGCGUCGACAAGCAUCCCCGGGACGGAAGCUAUCUAGUGUCGUCACGCUACACGCACACGAUCACCUGCAUCGGCUCGACAGGGGAAAUUCUAUGGGUGCUGGGCGGGAAGCGCAACUCUUUCACCGACAUCUCAUCCGAUGGCUCGGCCACGGGUUUCACCUGGCAGCAUGACGCGCGCUGGCACUCGGACAAUGAGCUUACCUUGCUCGACAACGCAGCCUGGGAGCGCGGAUACACCUGCGACCACUCCCGGGGUCUCAUGAUUGAGCUGGACUUCGCCAACUGGACCGCCGAUACCCUCCAUCGCUAUGAAAGCCCCGGUCGUUUGAGCAGUCACUCCCAGGGCAGCCUGCAAGUGCUCCCGCGGACCGCAAAUGUGUUUAUCGGCUGGGGAAAAUCGUCCGCAUACAGCGAGUUCAGCGUUGACGGGGAUCUUCUCUGCGAUUUCCACUGGGGACCCCGGAUAUUCUUCUGGUUUGGGUGGACGAAGUCGUACCGUGCGCAAAAGUCCCACUGGAUCGGCCGACCGCGGAAUCCACCGGACGUUGAGGUCGACGACACGGGGCGCGCGGCGUAUGUGAGUUGGAACGGGGCGACGGAUGUCGCGGGCUGGGUGUUGCAGCGGGCCAGCAAUGGCAGUGUUCCGGAAGAUGCGUUUGAGAGCGUUCAGUACGACCCCAAGGAAGGGUUCGAGACGACGGUCGAGCUGGUGGGAGAGGGUUACUUCCGACUGGUGGCAGUGGACUUUGAGGGCAAUCACCUGGGGGCGACGAGGGUGUUUGAGGCGUAUGAGACAUGGGAUACAGCCGAGGCCAUCAAAUCCUCCCUCUCCAUUUUCUCCGAGGGAGUCUUCCAAUGGACGCUGGUGGGUAUCUGUGCCACAGGGGCGCUGUCGACGGCCGUGUGGACGGGACGAAGAUGGCUGAGAGAGGUGUUCACAUCCUCUUACAAGAGGCUGCGAUCUUACUGGGGAGUCACGAAGUAUGAGCUUGCAUGUUGAUUUCUUCUUGUUUCUGUGAAGUUGCAUUGAUUCGAUACCCCAUUCCUCGUUUGAUAUAUUUCAG